UCGAACGGCGUGCAAUGCGCGAUGCUGCGGCCGAGGGCGCUGCGGGAGAGUCGGCGGGCGGUGCAGGCGUGGGCGGAGCUGGGGGUGAUUAUGUUUUUGUUUUGGUUUUGCGACCGAAGCGGGGCGGUGCGGGAGGCGAAGAAGUCGUACGAUCGGGAUUUGUUAUUCGCGGUGUUCGCGUUGCUCGGGACGUACGGGUGGAAGACGACGCUGAAGGAGUCGAAGACGCACGCGCCGUUGCACAGGGAACAGACGGAGGAGAUGAAGGGAUGGAUGCAGGUAUUGUUCUUGUUGUAUCACUACUUUGACGCGGGGGAAAUGUACAACUUGAUUCGAGUCUUCAUCGCGGCGUACGUGUGGAUGACUGGCUUCGGUAACUUUUCCUUUUAUUACGUCAAGAAGGAUUUCUCCGCGGUCAGGUUCGCGCAGAUGAUGUGGCGGUUGAACUUUUUCGUCUUUGUGACGUGCGCGGUGAUGAAGAACGACUACAUGCUGUAUUACAUUUGCCCGAUGCACACGCUGUUCACGUUGCUCGUGUACGGCGCGCUCGCGAUCGCUCGAGAGAAGAAUUCUGAGCCAAAAUGGAUCUAUGGAAAGUUCAUUGCAUGUUUCGCCAUCGUAGCGGCGGUUUGGGAAAUUCCUGGGGCGUUUAAGAGGAUUUUCACGCCGUUUACGUUUUUGUUUAGAUACGUCAAUCCGGCGAAACCAGACGUGCAUCCGUUGCACGAGUGGCAGUUCCGGUCUGGAUUGGAUCGUUACGUGUGGAUUUACGGCAUGGCGUGCGCGUACUUUCACCCGAAAUAUGAGUUGACGAUGAAAUGGAUCGACGAGCGUUCGACGACGCGAGAGCGGAUGAUGUAUCAGGGUGGCGUCGUCGCCCUCGCGAGCGGCGCGCUGUACUGGUGGUGGGUGACGUUUUUCACAUUGGACAAGGUUGAGUACAACAAGUACCAUCCUUACACGAGUUGGAUCCCAAUAACUGCGUUCUUUGUCUUGCGAAACUCUACGAAGAAGCUCCGCGAGAAUCAUAUCGAAUUAUUUUGCAUAUGUGGCAAGGUGACGCUCGAGACAUACAUCGCGCAGUUUCACAUUUGGUUGUCGACGUCGCAGAUGCCGAACGCUCAGCCGAAAAUGUUGAUGUCUCUCGUCCCGGGCUAUCCUCUACUCAAUCUUAUGGUGUGCUCGUACAUUUAUAUUGGAAUUUCGCACCGUAUCUUUGACGUCACGAAUGUUCUAAAAUCGGCGUGCAUUCCGAGUAAGGCGGAUAAUGCGACUCUCGCAAACAACGCGAUUUUUGGCGGCAUCGUCGUCGCAACGGCGCUCGGUCUCGGCACAUUCACGUCCCUGAUAUUCACUGGAAAAACAUAGCUAGCGCUAGACGACGCUUGAAUUAAUUAUUCUGAAUUCGUACGUGUACUGGUAUUAUAACUCGACCGAAUCGAAAUUGUCGUCGCGAAAGUCGACGUCGGGGAGCGGCGUCAGGACUCAGAGACACCUCUGAGUAUUUUAUAGGUCUCUAAUCGCCUCUGAAAUAUCGUCGCUGAAUCACUAUUCUUCGUGCCGACGAAUGCACCAGCGACGACAAAGACACACGUGAUAGCCACCAGACCGACGAUCGCGCAAACAGCCAUUAUGGCUUCAAACUUUUGGCAAGCUUCGUCGUUGUCGUCGUCGUCGUCGACGAACGCUCCGACGUCGUCGACGAAAUCCGUUUGCGCCGAGCACGACGUGAGUGGUGGAGCAGAAGGUCGCGUCGUGUCAUCCGACGUUUCAUUCAUCGUUAAGGCGCCAUCGGACGUCAUCGUGGCGAAUUGUGGGGAGUCUCUCGGCUCGUCACGGCGACAUCGGAGUGUGCGAUGGG